UUUCAAUAAUUUUGUUCUCCCAACUUCCUCUUUCUCUCUUUUCUUUUUUUCUUUUUUUCCCUUCGGCUUUUUAUUUUUCCUCUUCUAUUUAUUUCUUCUCUCUUUUAAUUUUCUUUCUAUCCGUCCGUUUUCCUUCUUUUCUUUCGUUCUUUGAUUUUCUGAGGUCAAUACUUUGAGAUCCUAAAUGAUCGGUUUCUCUCUUUGAUAUCUUCUCCAAAAACGUUACAUUUUGUGAUUCUGCGCAGUUACUGUUGUUGAAACUGAAUAAAAAUAGCAUACGUAUCGCAGGAAAAUUCAGUUGUGGAAGCUCUCGGAGAACUAUAAAUCAUAAUAGUUUAGGCUUUAAGAUAGGAAAAUGUUAGGAGGCAACAACAUUAAUCCUGUGCUUCCCAUUUUCCUGGAUAAAAAAAGCUUGUUUAUUUGGCAUCUAACUGUAUAUCAUUUUCUUGUGCAGGCAAAUUCUCAACUUUGGAUACUCUUCUAAGAGCUAUAUAAAUCAUAAUAGUUUAGGUAUUGAUAUAGGAAAAUGCUAGGAGGCAAUGAAGGUAAUCCUAUGCUGCCCAUUUGCAUGGAUGAGAAUGGUCUUCCAUAUCAGACUAAUGCAUCAAAUCAACUGCAGUUAUUUGGAAGAUUACCCGUUGGAUGUACUGUUGAUGUGGUGAAUUAUUUUGGAAAUGAGCAUUUAGCUCCCAUGGUUCCACCCAAUAAAAGAGGCCAUGAAACAGAAGAUAUUCUGAGGCAACAGAAGCUACAAAUUUCAUUGAAUUAUAAAAUUUAUAAAGAGGAAGCUGACUGUUCUGCUAGCAUUCCUAAUCCCCAUGCUGUAUCUACUGGCUUACGGCUAUCAUAUGAUGAUGAUGAGCGGAACUCAUCUGUGACUUCUGCUAGCGGAAGCAUGACACAUGGACCGUUAAUGAUCUUGGCUCUCGGUGACAAUGUUACAACCGAACUUGAUCGUCAGAAAGAAGAAUUUGAUCAAUAUAUCAAAAUGCAGGAAGAGCACUUGACGAAGGGAAUAAGAGACAUGAAACAAAGACACACGGCUUCUUUUCUUGCUGCUAUUGAGAAAGGUGUUAGCAAAAAGCUUAGGGAGAAAGACGUAGAACUAGAGACUGUGAAUCGCAAGAAUAGGGAACUGGUGGACAGGAUAAAGCAGGUGACUAUGGAAGCCCAGAAUUGGCACCACAGAGCAAAAUACAAUGAGUCAGUCGUCAAUGUGUUGAAGAGAAACCUGGAGCAAGUAAUGUCACAGUCACAGGGUGGUGAGCAGCAGGGAAAGGAAGGUUUUGGAGAAAGUGAAGUCGAUGAUGCUGCCUCGUAUAUUGACCCCAACAACUUACUCAGCAUUCCUGAUGUUGGUGGUGCCAAAUGUGUUUCCAGGAAUCGCCAUGGCAUGAUUUGCAGAGCUUGCAACGCAAAGGAGGUGUCCGUUUUGUUGAUGCCGUGUAGGCACCUUUGCAUAUGUAAAGAUUGUGAUGUGCUAAUUAGUGUUUGUCCUGUCUGCCAGGUUAAGAAAACAGCUCGUGUCCAAGUUUACUUAUCAUAAACUGUGAAGCAAAUUACUGAUUAAAAGAAAAAAAAGAGUAUAUAUACCUCUUCAUUGUGAUGUGUUGCCUGCAUCUGCUUAUUCUUAACCGAUGUAUGAAAGUAAAGGAUUUGUUGAAAUGGAGUUUGCAAAGCAUCCUUUGUUCUC